AUGGUGAAUAAAACUCAAGAGGUCGUCCUUACCGCCGCCGAUGAGGGGAAGAAGAACGAUGCGCCCCAUUACGCCGACGAUAACCUCAGCGACGCCAGCAGCGACGUGUUUGCGUUGCUGGCAGCCAAGGAGGAGGGCCACGACAUCAAGUACAGGACACUGAGCUGGCAGAAGGCCACCCUUCUUCUGUUUGGCGAGUAUGUCUGCCUGGCCAUUCUCGCCCUGCCGUGGUCGUUCAGCGUCCUUGGCUGGGGACUUGGUUUGGUUGUCCAGCUCGGCAUCGGCGCUAUCACUUGGUACACGUCGUACACGCUGUGGCAAUGGUGCAUGAAGUACCCCGACGCUCAUGACAUCUGCGAGAUCGCCGCCCAUCUGUUCCCCCAGUUCUCCAAGCUCGCCUAUGAAGCGACCGCCAUUAUGCUCCUGCUCAACAACAUCUUCCUGGUGGGAUUCCACGUCUUCACUGGCGCCAAAGUCCUCAACACUCUGUCCGACCACUCGGUCUGCACUGUCGGCUUCCAGGGCAUUGCCGCUCUCAUCGGCAUCGUCGUCUCCAUCCCCAGGACCCUUAAGCAUGUCUCCAUGAUGAGCAUUGUCUCCGCCAUCUGCAUGGCUAUUGCGAUCCUCCUUGCCCUCAUCUUCUCAGGCAUUGAGCCCAACCCCAGGGGCGGUUACGGCGGCGAUUGGCCUACCCUCGGUCCCGUCAAGACGUACGGCGGCAUCCCCCCGGCCCUCUCGUAUGCCGACGGUGUGCUCACCUCGUCCAAGCUCACCUUUGUCAAUGGCUUCAACGCCGCCCUGAACAUUACGUUCCUCUGGGUCGGCCAAAUCCUCUACCCGUCGUUCAUUGCGGAGAUGAGGGAACCACGCGAUUUCCCAAAGGCGCUCGCCGCUCUUACGUUUUUGGAGAUGAUUCUCUUCCUCGUCGUGUCGGUUGUGGGCUACUACUAUCUGGGUCAGUACGCCGAGGCCCCGAUGAUUGGCUCGCUUCUCCUCGAGAAGCACCGCAAGGCAGCGUUUGCGUUUGUCAUCGUGCCCACCGUCAUCAUUGGCGCCAUCUACAGCAACGUUACCGCCAAGUUUGUCUACCGCAGGUUCCUGGGUAACAGCCGCCACGCUCACUCCCACACUGUCCUCGGAUGGGGCACUUGGAUUGCCAUCACCAUUGUCAUUUGGGGCAUCGGUUUCGUUCUUGGCAACGUUAUCCCUUCGAUGGGCGACUUCCUGUCGAUCCUGUCGGCUGCCUUUGACAGUUUCUUCGGGUUCAUCUUCUGGGCCGUCGCGUUCUACCACCUGUACCGCGGCAAGUACUUUACAUCGCCCUUGAACUCGGUCCUCACCGUCCUCAACGUUUUCAUCUUCGCCCUUGGCCUCCUCAUGCUCGGUGCUGGAAUGUACACCUCCGUCGACGCCAUCAUUGCCGAUUACUCGGGAGCUGUCAAGGGGCCCUUCUCGUGUGUUGACAAUGCGUUGUAG